AUGGUCAACUCGCCGACCAAGUCCGAGGCCUGCGAUUGCGGUGGCUCCGAACUCCCGAAGCCGAAAUUUGUCAAGAAAAAAGGUUUGUUACUCGUUUUUUAUUAUUCUUCUGCAAUUUUUGGCGUAGAAAAAUGCAAAAAUUUCAGUUUUUUAAAAAUUGGUACCUAAAUUUCCCAAUGAGAAUAUAAAAUGGUCAAUUUUAGGUUACAUUCCGUACGGCCUGAUCUACAAAACACAAGAUGAGUUCCAGAAAGUCGGGUACUGGAUCCCUGGAGUCGCAGUGACAGCAAAAAUAACCAAAGUCGAAAAGGAUUCUUCAACUAAUCUUCAUUUACUCAACCCAUGGAUGUAAGUAUGCUAAAUUCGUUUUUUGUUUUGAAUUUAGAAGAUGAUUUGAAGUGAAAAUAAGCUGUUCGAUUUCUUUCAACGCUUGUAUGCAUUUUAGAUACACCGUCGAAGCCACUCACGGAAGAUAUAAAUGGACAGUUUUCAAAAGAUACGCUGAUUUUGCCCAGCUAGCCAAGUCAUUGGGAGGCCAUAGACGACUAGAACAGAUCAAAUCUCCUUUUAGAAGGUAAGGAAGUGGCUUUUUCUUAGAGUAAAUUACGAUAUGUUGACGUUUGUCCAAAUAAUGAGAAUUGUUACCUAAUUUAGUCUAGUAUAGAAAAAAUCUUUUUUCAUUUCCCAUUUGAAUUUUCAUUGUUGAUUAUUUCAGAGCCCGGAACAAGAUCGAAAUGUCCUUCCAAGACAUUGAUCAAGAAACGAAAGAUUAUGAACUUCAAAUCCUCGAAAAAGGCAAAGAACUCGGAGACUUUGGAACCCCCAGAACGGACACAGAUUCUGGAGACGAGCCCACAUCGAAUGGGAAAACCCCCGACUCACCCGAAGAGGAGGUUGAUGAAGAUGACGAUGGCCCUCCAAGAUUUCCCUUACUUCCGGAUUCGAUGAUCAGCGAAGUCCAUAUGGAACGCCGGAGGGUACAACUGGAGAAAUGGCUGAGACAUGCGCUGACGGAGCCGGUCAACAGAGACUAUCAUCAAAUGGUAGGUGGAGGGGAUUAUUUUUGGAUGAUUGCGAUUGAAUGAGGAUUUUUUUCAAUGUCCAAUUUAAAAAAUGCGAUUUUCGCACUGUGCAGUGAUAAAAAUUUUUUGCACUGUGCGGUCAUUUCAACUUGCAAUUUUUUAGCCCUUCCGGAAAGUCGCCGGACUGAGUUUUGGCGAUUGCACCGUGCGAAAAAACUCAGGGUGCGAGCGACAGCCGAAAAAAGCCGAAUGAAAAAUUGCACAGUGCAAACAAAACUUUUGUUUUCGCACAGUGCGUAUCGCCGAUUUCAGUCCGGCGACUUUUCGGAAGGCCGAGUAUUUUGCACGGUGCGAACGACAAAUUUGAAAAAUUUGCACUGUGCGAGGGAAAUUUUGAGAUUUUCGAUUUCCGCACUGUGCGAUCGCUAAAAUUUGUUUGCACUGUGCAUAAUUUUUUUUGAAAUUUUGCACACUUUAGUUUUAGGUAAAAAAUUUUUAAAAUCUAAAUUUUUAGGCCGAAUUUCUCGAGGUUUCCCGCUAUUCUUUCAUCAACGAGCUCGGCGGAAAACACAAAGAAGGCUCGAUGAAAAAACGGCCCGGCGGAGGCAAGGUCUACAUUGGUUGUAAACAAUUUUGUGUCAAGUGGAUCCUCCCCUGGAUGGAGAGAUACCUCAUCCUCAAAGAUUCUUAUGUGUGCUAUAUCAACAGCAAUGAGACAGUAAGAUUGGUGCUUUUAUUUGACGAACAGUUCGAAAUCGACUCACCAGAUGUAGUGACAAGCACGAAGCCGAAAUAUAUGUUCCUUUCAAAUGCCUCGCAGUAAGUUUGAAGGGGAAAAUUGGAAGAAAAGUGGAGAAAAUUAUAUUGUACUAGGUAUUUUGGAUAUGAUUUUUGAUUAUUUCAGUGUGUUGGCGAUGAAAUUGCAACUCGAAGACGAAGCGUUUUAUUGGAAAGCAGCGAUUCGACAGGUCCUUGAGAGCACUGGACAAGUUUGGCUCAAACCAAAACCCUUUGGAUCGUCAUAUCCAACAAGAGAAAAUCAAUAUAUUCAAUAGUAAGUUUUUUAUUUUUUGAAUUUUUUCUUUGAUUUUUAGUGAAUUUUGGCCCACAGGAACACAAUUUUUUUCAGUUUUGUGGAUGCCAAAGAUUAUUGGGAGCGAGCGGCGGCUAUGAUUGAACUGGCCAGGGAAGAGAUUUUCAUCGCUGAUUGGUGGCUGUGCCCCGAAAUUUAUAUGAGACGUCCCAUGGCCGAAGGAAAUCAUUGGCGAUUGGACAAUGUCCUCAAAAGACAGGCCGAGAAAGGCGUUCGGAUCUUCAUUUUGAUUUACAAGGAGUUCGAAUUGACCUUAAAUUUGAAUACAGUGUAUGCCAAGAAGCUUCUGCAAAAAUUACAUCCAAAUAUCAAGGUGAGAUUUAGAUUUUUUUGGGGGUUUUGAGAUUUUUUAUAAAAAUUUUGAUGAUUUUUUUGACAAGGAAAGUACUUCUAUGGGGUAUGGAGUUACAGGUCGAGUCAUAUAUCAAAAUAAUCGCAAAAUUUUUCUGAUUCGGAAUAUGUAAAAGUUAGCUGCCUAAUUUUGGUUUGUACAGGUGAAAAAGUCCUCAGAAGUUUUCACGCAACACCACGCAAAUGCGUUUUUGACAAAUCAAAAGCUUUGUUUUGAGCUAAAGUAAACCCUGGUAUCUUAACAAGCCUUAAAAUUAUCAAAUUUGAUUAAUACUACACCUUAAUUCGUAAUUAGAAUGUAUAAUUUGUGUGGUGUUGCGAGAAAAGUUCUGAGGAUUUUUUCACCCUGACAAACCAAAAUUAGGCUUGUCCGCUAACUUUUACAUAUCCUGAAUCAGAAAAAUUUUACGAUUUUUUUGAUAUAUGCCUCGACCUGUAACUCCAUACCCCAUGGAAGUACUUUCUUCGUGAAAUUUAUUAAAUUGUGAACAAGUACAAUGUAAAAUUAAUGCAUUUAUUGCAGGUUAUGCGCCAUCCGGACCACUAUUUUGGAACCGGCACCUUCUUUUGGUCCCAUCAUGAGAAAUUGUUGAUUAUCGACCAGUUGAUUGCGUUUGUUGGAGGUCUCGAUUUGUGCUAUGGAAGAUGGGACAAUUCCACUCAUGUGUUAGCAGAUUUGGGAUCAGUUCAAUACGCACCAACCGCGGAAGGCCACACUUUGGUAAGAGAGAUCCAAAAAUCUGGGUAUUUUAGAAAAAAACUUCCAUUUUUGUGUAGAUUUUUUAUUAUUUUAGGUAGUGAUUGAUGUUUUUUAACUUUCAGACGAAGGGAUUAGCAAGUGCAGUGGAGGAAAUGGCCAGUGAAGUCAUCAAAAGCGACAAGCAUGUUCAUGAAGGAGAGGAACAGGAUAAUGAUGAUGAAGAAGCUGAAGUCAGCCAUAUAAAACAUGAAAUUUUGGAUGAAACUGGUCAUAGAAUUGGAAAAACGAAGACUUCGAUUGUUCAGACAUCCAGAGAAGAGGACGAGGACAAGAAAGAAGAGAAUAAAAAUGAGCCUGAAGCUAAGGAAGAGGAGAAUAAUCAGAGAAAGGGUAAUUUUUGGAAGCUUUUUGAUGAUUUGGGUAAUAAAACGGGUAGAUGUGGCGAUUUUGUAAUUUUUUUAUGAUGAUUUCUAUUUUUUUGGGAUAUGAAUUUUGAUAUUUUUUUAUUGGAUUUGAUAUUUUCUUUUUAAUUUUUUAUGGUUUUUGCAAUUUCAGAGCACAAAAGAACUUUCCGAGACGUAAUGAGUCAGAUAAAAGCAAGAAAAGCUUCCCCGAAUAAGAGAUCUCGCUCCCCAACCCCCUUCGAUAAUGUCCCCAAAUCAACGGAGAAACCGGCAAAUGUGAAACGGACCCCAUCGGGCCCAGCCGGAAUCACUGCCGACCUCAUGAAUCCACAUCAUGUCAGGAGUCCACAGGUAAGAAUUUACACCAAUUUUGACUUUUUUUGAAUCCCCAAAAUGUCACUUUUGUCUAAUCAAAAUCAGCAGGUAAUCCGAGAAUCGCCAUUUGGGAAACCAAAGACCCUUCGAUGGCAUUCCGUGGUGAUUGGGAGCGAUCCCAGCCACAGUCCAGGCCCCUUAGAUGAACCCAAAUCGUUUGAUGUGACACAGUCAACCUCGUCGAUAACUCCGACGAAAGAUAAAGGAGACAAGUUGCCUCUGAAGAAGAUAAUCCAUGAACCGAAAAACAGGACGGUAAUGAGGAGGGUGGUCUCAAAUCUAAAGACAAAUCGGAAUGCCAAAAGGUGGAAGAUGCUUCUGGAUAAGGAUAAACCGGAGGAUGUAACGGACGAAUAUGUGAUCAAGUAAGGAAAUUUAGAGGGGGGAUUUAGAGGCAGAUUGGGGGGAGGAGGUCCAUGGAGGUCACGUGGAUUGAAAAAAUUGUCGAUUUGGGUUGUUUACCGAUUUUUUUUGCUUGAAAUCGUCGAUGGACCGCCUUGGAAAUGUUGUUUAUUCAACAAGGAAAGUACUUCUAUGGUUUGUGGAAUUACAGGUCGAGUCAUCUAUCAAAAAAAAUCGUAAAACUUUUCUGAUUCAGAAUAUGUAAAAGUUAGCUGCCUAAUUUUGGUUUGUAGUGACGAAAAAACCCUCAGAAUUUGUCUCGCAACACCACGCAAAUGCCUUUUUGGCCAAGUUUUUGCCAAAUCAGAAGCUUUGUUUUGAGCUAAAGUAAUGUGUGUGGUGUUGCGAGAAAAGUUCUGAGGGUUUUUUCGCCCUUACAGACCAAAAUUAGGCAGCUAACUUUCACAUAUUUUGAAUCAGAAAAAUUUUGCAAUUUUUUUUUGAUGUUUGUCUCGACCUGUAACUCCAUACUCCAUAGAAGUACUUUCCCUUCAAGAAUUUUUCUGUUUUGGGCACUUCAUUUUGCCCUAUCUUUCCACUUUUUUUAAAAAUUUUCUAAUUAUCUUACAAUUUUCAGCUACUGCAAGGUUCAAGAAACUGAAGUGGACGUGUCUGGCCUUCAAGGCGCCGGAAAACUUUGGCCAGGCAAAGACUAUGUAAAUUAUCUGGUGAAGGACUUUGUGGAUGUCCAUGAGGCCUACUCCGACUUUAUUGACCGCUACAGAGUCCCAAGAACUCCGUGGCACGACAUACAUUCGGUGGUUUAUGGGGAAGUGGCCAGAGAUGUGGCCAGACAUUUUAUCCAACGCUGGAAUGCAACUAAAGUGAGAUUUUGGGGAAGUAUCAGGGAUUGUAGAGGAUUUUCAUGUUGAGUUUUGGCGUUAUUUUUUUUAUUUUGUUAUAGUUUUACCUUAUUUUAGGCAACAUUUUUUUAGAUUUUGAUAUUUUUUUUUGGUUUUUGAUAAAUUUUUUUGGUUUUUUUUUGGUUGCCAGUGAUUUGGUGGGAUAUUUCAUUAUUUUUCUUAUCAUUUUGUGGAUUUUUUUUAGAAGGGUUUACUAAUUUAUGUUGGUUUUUUUUCAAAAUUUUUACUUUUUUUAAAAAUUUUUCUAAUUUUCAGACCGAGAAGCACAAAAACAACAAAGAUUACCCCUACCUCCUCCCCAAGAGCUAUGAUUCAGUAAAAGUUCCCAGAGUUUUCAUCAACAAGGACACUCACAAUUGUGACAUCCAAGUGCUCCGUUCAGUCGCUCAUUGGAGUGCCCUGAUCGACGGAAAAGAGGAUUCAAUCCAAGAUGCAUACGUCAAGCUGAUUCAGAAUGCCGAACACUUUGUGUACAUUGAGAAUCAGUUCUUUGUGUCGAUGAUUAACAGCUCGGAGGUGACGAAUGAGAUAUGCAAAGCGCUGUGUGAUCGGAUCUGUCGGGCACAUCGGUAAGCGGUUUUUUGAGACGUUGAUGUAUUAGGGUGAACCAAAAAAAUUUUCGGAUUUUUUUUUUUUUUUUUUUUUGUUUAGACAUAGUAUUUUUUUAUAAAAAAAAUUUAUAAAAAAUUUGGUCGAUUUUUUUAUAAAUUUUAAAAUUAAAAAAAAAUUUCUUUGAUUUUUCAGCGAAGGAACAACAUUCCGCGUAUACGUCCUGAUCCCUCUGCUCCCCGGCUUCGAAGGCGACCUCGGCAGCGGCAAUUACUCAGCCCUAAUGGCAGUCCUUCAUUGGACCCUCAGCUCGAUUUCGAAGGGUCCCCAUUCUCUGAUCGAAAAUUUGAAAAUAAACGGAAUCGAGAAACCCUUCGAUUAUGUCUCGUUCUGCUCCCUGCGAACGUACGAUGAGCUCUGUGGAAAGUUGGUGACGGAGAUGGUCUACAUCCACUGUAAAUUACUGAUUGUGGACGAUAAAUAUGUGAUCAUUGGGUCCGCGAAUAUAAACGACCGGUCACAGCUGGGAAUGAGGGACUCGGAAGUGUGUGUGCUGGCUACGGAUCGAGAGUUUGUACCCUCGAGAAUGAAUGGGAAAGAAUAUAUGGCCGGGAAAUUCGCGUCCACCCUGCGGAAACGGCUCAUGAAGGUAUGAGGAGCCCUAAACCCUAUUAAUUUAGGGUUUUUUGAAUUUUGAUAUUUUUUUGAGGGAAAAUUUGAGUUUUGAGAUGUUCGUUUAGGGUUUAUAAAAGGUUUGGAAUAAUAAUUUUGUAUUUCAGGAGCAUCUUGGUCUAUUGCCCGAAGCUUUCCACAAAGCCCCCAUCAAACCGUCGGUGGUUGAUCUGGACGACCCGGUCCAUGACUCAUUUUAUCAUGACGUUUGGUGGAAAGCGGUGAAGGGGAACACGGAAAUCUUUGAAGAAGUCUUCAGAGCAUUCCCCACGAAUUUGGUGAGAUUUGAAAUUGAUUUUUGAUGGAAAUUUUUAAUUUUGGUGUUGGCAGCUCGCGCCCGAGAGUUUGGCUUCAGAUUUAAUUGAUCUCCAGAUUUAAUUGAAAGUCUGGAAGCGGUGGAAAUGGGGUUUUUGAUUGAAAAUAAGAGUAGUAGAGAUGGUUUCUGCGGUUUCAACUAAAUCUGAAGACUUAACUCUGGGCGCGAGCUGCCGAAUCAUAAAAUCUCUGAAAUUACCUCUGUGUUAGGUUACUGUUAUUUCAUGAUUUUUUUUGACACUUAUGCGUAUUUUAGGUCUCCUCCAAAGACGAGCUGGUCGUCUGGCGCGACGAACUCCCCAUGGCCGAAUAUAACCCGGACUUGGCCCGCCAUCAUCUGAAGAAGCUCUGGGGAAACAUUGUCCAAUUCCCGGAAAGCUUCCUCUCCAACGAAGACUUGGCCCCAACAAUCAUGACCAAAGAGGGACUUGUCCCAUCGGCUAUCUUCACAUAA